GAGCUGGCGGUGAAGGCAGCCGGGGAAAUUCAAAAGUGUUUCCGGAGAGGAGUUGGGGCUCCGCUGUUGCUGUCUGUAGUUUGACCUUCUAAGAUGAGUUACAAUUUAGAAAUGGAGGCUGAAGAAUUACAUGGCGGAAAAUUGACAAUUGACUCCAUAAUGAAUAAAAUGAGGGAUAUUAAAAAUAAGAUAAAUGAAGAUCUUACUGAUGAGCUAAGCUUGGGUAAAGUCUGUGCUGAUCCCACAGAAACUGUUAACCAAAUUAUGAUGGUGGCGAACACUCCAGAAAACUGGUUGAAUUUCUUGCUAAAACUAGAGAAGAACAGCACCCCCCUCAAUGAUGUUCUUUUAAAUAAGUUGAUUGGGCGAUAUAGUCAAGCAAUUGAAGCACUCCCUCCAGACAAAUAUGGCCAGAAUGAGAGCUUUGCUCGAAUCCAAGUGAGACUUGCUGAGUUAAAAGCUAUUCAAGAGCCCGAUGAUGCUUAUGACUACUUUCAAAUGGCCAGAGAAAACUGCAAGAAGUUUGCUUUUGUGCAUGUAUCUUUCGCACAGUUUGAACUGUCUCAAGGCAAUCUUAAAAAAUGCGAACAGCUUCUUCAUAAAGCUGUAGAGAGUGGAGCAAUGCCACUGCAGAUGCUGGAGACUGCCCUCCACAACUUUCACCUCCAGAGGAAGCAGCUGCUUUCAGAGCAGGACAAGAAGAGCUUAUCAGCCUCUACAGUACUAACUGCUCAAGAGUCACUCUCCAGUUCGCUUGGGCAUUUACAAAGCAGGAAUGUCAGUUGUGACUCCAGAGGACAGGCUGCCGUAGCCAGGGCUUUAUAUGGAGAGAACAUGCCUCCUCAAGACGCAGAAAUAAGUCAUCAAAAUCCUUUAAAACAAAGUAACAAAACUAAACGGUCGUGCCCCUUUGGAAGAGUCCCGGUUAACCUUCUAAAUAGCCCAGAUUACCAUGUGAAGACAGAUGGUUCAGCUGUGCCAAAUUUUACAAAAAGAAAGGUAUCUGCGUCAGAAUACCGAGAUUCAAUUAUGCCUGUAUCCAAAUCAAGUGGAAAUGAUUCCUAUGAAUUAAGAGGUUUAAAGCUCAUUCAGGCUAUCCAUUUCAAAGAUUCUCAGGUGUUCAGUGAGAAGAGUUCUGAACUUAUGUCUGAUUUAGUAACCUUGAAGAGUAAAGCAGAAUCAAGUCUUCUAACAAAAUUGGAAGAAACUAAAGUGCAUCAGGAAGCAGAGAUUCCAGAAAGAAGGCACAAACAAUGGCCAUCGGCAAGGAAGACAGAGAGUGUGAGCCAGAACCCUGCUGCGCUCUCACACCAGUGGCACAUCCCAGACAUAACCCCAAAGGCUGAUAAAGAGCAGAAAUGUACCACUGUUGAGCAACUUGCUCUUUCUGUUUCAAAGCAGUCACCGCCAGCCACAGUUCCUAAGUGGAUUUAUCGAAAGUCUGUUUGUGAGACACCUAGUAGCAAUUCGUUGGACGAUUACAUGAGCUGUUUUAAGACUACAGUAAAGAAUGACUUUCCACCUGCCUGUCCGUCAUCAGCACCUUACAGCCAGCUUGCCUGCCUCCAGCAGCAGCAGCAGCAGCAGCAGCAGCUAGCACUCAGUACUCCUCUUCAAAACCUACAGAUUUCAGGAUCCUCAUCAGUAAAUGAAUGCAUUUCAAUUAAAGGAAGAAUUUAUUCCAUAUUAAAACAAAUAGGCAGUGGAGGCUCAAGUAAGGUGUUUCAGGUAUUGAAUGAGAAGAAGCAGAUAUAUGCAGUCAAGUACGUUACCCUGGAAGAUGCAGACAGCCAAACUAUUGACAGCUACCGGAACGAAAUCGCUUAUUUGAACAAGCUGCAGCAGCACUGUGACAAGAUCAUCCGCCUCCACGAUUAUGAAAUCACAGAACAGUACAUCUACAUGGUAAUGGAAUGUGGAAACAUUGACCUGAAUAGUUGGCUUAAAAAGAAAAAAUCCAUCAAUCCAUGGGAACGUAAGAGCUACUGGAAAAACAUGUUGGAGGCAGUACACACAAUCCACCAGCAUGGCAUUGUUCAUAGUGAUCUGAAGCCUGCUAACUUUGUAAUAGUUGAUGGAAUGCUAAAGCUAAUUGAUUUUGGGAUUGCAAACCAAAUGCAGCCAGACACAACAAGCAUUGUUAAGGAUUCUCAGGUUGGAACAGUUAACUACAUGGCUCCAGAAGCCAUCAGAGACAUGUCUUCUUCAAGAGAAAAUGGGAAAAUCAAGACCAAGAUAAGCCCCAGAAGUGAUGUUUGGUCCUUGGGGUGCAUUUUGUACUAUAUGACUUAUGGAAAAACACCAUUUCAGCAUAUCAUUAAUCAGGUCUCUAAAUUACACGCCAUAAUUGACCCUAGUUAUGAAAUUGAGUUUCCUGAGAUUCCAGAAAAAGAUCUUCAAGACGUGCUAAAGUGCUGUUUAAUAAGGAACCCUAAAGAGAGGCCAUCCAUCCCUGAGCUCCUUGUCCAUCCGUAUGUUCAAAUCUCCCAUCCAGGCAGCCGAAUGACUAGGGAAACCACUGAUGAGAUGAAACAUGUUCUGGGUCAGCUUGUUGGUCUGAAUUCUCCUAACUCCAUUUUGAAAGCUGCUAAAACUUUAUAUGAGCGUUAUAAUUGUGGUGAAAGUCAAGAUUCUUCAUCAUCCAAGACUUUUGAUAAAAAGAGAGAAAGAAAGUGAUGCACGGCUAUUCAUAAACCAAAAACACUAAAUUUACUAGCCUGCUGUACUCUUGAAUCUGUGGAAAUCUGCCUUAGGAAACUACCUUGCCUGGAUUUUAUCAGUAAGAAACCUUCAGUGAGUUAUCCUUAAAAGAACAUUGUAAAGUUAA